UUUUCCGUGUUUUCCAGUCCGAAAGGUUUUUUCUUUUAAACAUUCUGGAUUUUUUAAAGAGUUUCUCAGGGGGAAAUCACUUUGAAUGUACUAUGAUUUGUUUUAAGAUUUUUUUUUGUGAUUUGAUUUGGCAUUUUGCAAGUGUCAUAUUUUGAAGCCCCUUGAACAAUGUUCAUUAAACUAUUCUAAUCAUGAUUUGUGUAGUUUUUUGGUUGUAGCGGUUUCCAAUUUGAAGAUGGCAAACCUUUAGUUUCUUUAUUUUUAAUUCUAUUAAGUUUUGAUUUUCUUGCGUUCCUAUAUUUCGUAUUAGUUUUUGGGUGGUUUGAGGCUUAUUCUGGAAAAAUUAUCCAUUUCAAAGCUUCGCCACUACUACUGUUACCUGUAAUAUUUUGUAUUGUACCACGUUUUAAUACCUAGGGGGCACUGUCUUUCUGUUUGCGAUAACACACCUGAGGCGCCUGAAGAAAUGACCACAAAAUUAGCGCGAAGACCUCACUCCUAAACCAAUUCCCCCUUGUUAACAACCGUUGCGAAUUAACAUUCGUUCGACAAAUUUGAAGAUGACAAAAAUAUAUUAACGAGAAUGACUGACCACAUUAAAACCUAAACCAGUUCUCCGGGUUUCACUUGGACAACUGUGACGUAGACAAGCGACAGCUUUCCCGUCGGAGUGAAACUGUCGUUCAAUAAACGGUCUUUGCACUGUAGACGAUCUUGGGCUCAGGAAGGUAACUAUUGACUCACUUGGCUAAACUUGUAUCGGACAGGAAGUGACUUUUCUUGCCUGGCGUCAACCCGAACAAGUGGACAGCUGCUUCUUCAUUAUCAUCCAGACAUACUCGAUCCAGGAAGAAAUUUAGUGGGAUUGAAGCAUCAAUAACUAAGAACCUGUCAGCCGGGACUGCCAGUAUGUUUUCCCAUUGAGCUUGACUGCGGAAGGCAUGUCGAAUUGCGAGUAAUCCAGUAAAAAGACAGCAGGAGGCGCCAUGGCGGCGCUGCCCAUUGCGCCGGGCCAAGUCUACAUCGAGGUGGAGUACGAUUACGAGUACAAGUCCAAAGACCGAGUGAUUGCCAUCCACCAGGGAGAAUGCUACAUGCUGGUCCAGAAGACCAAUGAGGAUUGGUGGAAAGUACGCAGGGAGGAGGGCAGCAAAGCCUUUUAUGUACCCGCCCAGUAUGUCAGGGAGGUCCGCAAAGCCCUCAUGCCACCCCCCAAGACUCUACCGCACCACCCUGUCUCUACCGGGAACUCCCCGCCUCAUCACCCCGUUUCUGCUGGGAGUACCCCUCCUCAUCACCCUGUCUCCACUGGGAACACCCCACCCCAGAACACUGGUGCUGUCUGGGUAAAACCAGCCACUCUGGAUCUGGCACUCCAGAACUCCAUCAUGGAGAAUCCCGACAGGCUGGAGUACCAACCUGCACGCUCACCCUCAGCUCAUUCCGUUUCAUCACUCCAUUUAACGCCGCCCGUCCAGCGGCGGAACAGUAACCACCACCAGCACAGUCCCAGCACCCCAACCGGUCCUGAGCGGUCUAUCGCCGAAAUCCUGGCCCAAAGUGUUGUACCCACACCUCCCCAACGAAGAAGCACACUGCCCCGAGCACGGGCGAGGGCCCAAUCGCCAGAGUUGGUCAGGGCCCCACUGGACGUGGAUAGCCCCCCGGUCUCAGCAGGCGAAGACCGACGGACUAACGACUCAGAAUCUGGAGACGAGCUGAGCAGCAGUUCUACAGAACAACUCCAGAGCAUUUCAUCGUCGGGCCGUGGCCGGCCAGACUCGCCUGUGUACAGCAACCUGCAGGAGCUGAAGAUCACGCAGUCUGUGGCGCCCCCCCUUCCGGCGGGUGCUCCCUUGCAGAUUCUGGGUGACUGGGAGUCAUACAAGGACCAGCACGGACGCCUCUUUUACUACAACCGCUGCAGCCACGAGAGGACUUGGAAACCUCCCCGAGCCCGUGAUGCCAGUAGCUCCCGUGGAGACAAUGCUAGCACAGGAGAAAGUGCAGAGAGCACUCCCCUAUCGCUCUCGCCGUCUUUCUUCCCCUUUCUGUCGCUGUCGGUGGGCCGCCUGGGGCCUCUGUGUUCUGAGGACGCGUGCUUCAGCGCAGACUCCAGCUUGUCUGACAGCCAGUAUGGCUCGCCGCCUCGCGGCUGGUCGGAAGGGAUGGACGAGUACGGUCACACGCUGUACGUCAGUCACUAUACUAACGAGAAGUGGUUAAAACACAUGGACGAGCAGGGUCGGCCAUAUUACUACAGCGCAGAUGGUUCCAGGUCCGAAUGGGAGUUGCCAAAGUACAACCAUUCUCCACCACAACACCUUGCCGAUGCCACCAAAACUCGCAGUUUGGACAGGAAGAGCGUGGAGCCUAUUGUCCUAAUGAAGUGGAGACACAGUGCUUAUGUCCAAGAGCCCAGCGACAAGGAUUCACUUCUGAGCCCCACACCCCCCUCACCAGACUCUGACUCCAGUCCCUCUUCACCUAGGCGCCCUGCCUCUCCUUCAGAGAAGUGCGGUGUGCUCAAUGUGACAAAGAUCACAGAGAAUGGCAAGAAAGUUAGGAAGAACUGGACUUCCUCCUGGACCGUUUUACAAGGUUCCACGCUGCUUUUCACCAAAGGCCAAGGAGGAGGUUCUAGUUGGUUUGGCGGCGGUCAGUCAAAACCUGAGUUCACGGUGGACCUGAAAGGCAGCUCGGUGGACUGGGCCACCAAGGACAAAUCCAGCAAAAAGCAUGUGAUAGAGGUCAAGACCCGGCAGGGCACGGAGCUCCUGAUCCAGACGGAAAAUGACAUCCUCGUCAACGAGUGGUACCGAGCGCUGAGGGACACCGUCGGCAGCCCGGCAUGUGAGUCGGACGAGGCGAUCGAAGAAGACAUGCCCGAGUCACCCGGAGCCGAAAAGCAAGAUAAAGAAAAAGAACGCAGAGACUCCAAGAGAGGCAAAACCAUGAAGACCUCGGGCAGCGUGGACGGAGCCGACAACAAGAAGACUAAACACAAGCUCAAAAAGUUUCUCACGCGGCGGCCCACCCUCCAGGCCGUCAGAGAUAAGGGAUACAUAAAAGAUCAGGUGUUUGGAGGCAGCCUGUCCAGCUUGUGCCAGAAGGAAAACAGCACGGUGCCCUCCUUUGUCAAGAUGUGCAUGGAGCACGUGGAGAGCAACGGUCUUCAUGUCGACGGCCUCUACAGAGUCAGCGGGAACUUGGCCCUCAUCCAGAAGCUGCGCUUUGCCGUCAAUCACGACGAGAAGGUGAGCCUGUCCGACAGCAAGUGGGAGGACAUCCACGUGACCACUGGAGCUCUAAAGAUGUUCUUCAGGGAGCUUCCUGAGCCACUCUUCACCUACACACUCUUUCACGACUUUGUCAGCUCCAUCAAGAUUCCUGACUACAAGCAGCGGGUGCACGCCAUUAAAGAACUUGUCAGACAGCUGCCCGAGCCAAACCACGACACCAUGCGGGCCCUCUUCAAACACCUCCGCAAGGUGAUCGAGCACAGUGAAGAAAACCGCAUGACCAACCAGAGCGUGGCCAUCGUGUUCGGCCCAACGCUGCUCAGGCCCGAGACGGAGACGUGGAACAUAGCCGUGCAUAUGGUCUACCAGAACCAGAUCGUGGAGCUCAUCCUGCUCGAGUAUGACCAGUUCUUCGGCAGGUAGAGGUCGACGGCCAGGGCUUCUACCCAAACCACUCUUUGCACUUUGGACUACCUUUUGUCGGACUCAAACUAAAGGACCAAGAGAGAAAAAUAUCUUGAUGAGACCAAAAGAGCUUCUCAUUGUGGAGGAUCCAAUAUGAACUUUAAAAGGAACUAAAAGGGAACACUUAUUUCCAGUCAUUUCCAUCAAAUGGAAGUGUGCCGAAAUUCAAAGCAUAUCAAGCCAAUUAAGAACAAUCAUUGUGAAAUAGUCUGAAAAGGUACUAGCAAAUUGACAGCCAUCUUACAGCAUUUUGACCAAAUUGUUCAAGAUUCCUAAACUAUUUCUUUUAAUACUAUGCACUACUUUAAAUCUACCAAAUUAAAGAAUAGACUACCUUCUUCACCAGAGGGAAAAGACCUAUUUUACCCUUUUUUUGUUCUUUAGUAAUCAGCAAUAGCAAAUUGGUCAUUAUUGCAAAUGCAGCCAUUUCUCCUGGAAACCUUUCAAAGUGGACAAAUCAAAAUAUUGCAUUAUUGCUGUUUGCUGCUCAUGUGGCAGUAAAAUUGUUUUCUAGUUUGAAAUUCUCAGUGUAUAGGUAUAGGCUAAAAGUAAAAUGCUACCCUAUGAGUAAGUUGACUAAAAAAAUAGCAUUCCAACAAUGACUUGCCAUUUCAGCAGUAGUUAAAAGAUAAGGUAACACUUUAGUUGAACUCUGUGUCAUAAGACUGUCAUAAAACUGUCAUAAUUGUGACAUAACACUGUCAUGAACCAUAGACUAUGCAUGAACUUUAAUGAAGGCUUAUGACAGAUGUCAUUAAGUGUCCUAACCCUAACACAGUUCUAAUCUCAACCCAUAAACAUUAAAAAUAAAUACAUUUUUAAAAAUCUCAAUAUUGUAUCAAAAGUGGCUUAAUUUACAAAAUGACACUCAGUGACAUAUGUCAUAAGCCCCCAUUCAUAUUUGUGACGGGUGUCGUUUCAUUAUUAUGACAAUUAUGACACCAAGUGUAACCAAAGAAAAGCAUAUAAAUGUAAUUUUUGAUUAUGAAAAAUCUACAAAUUUAAUUUACAAUAAAAGAUGCAAAAAUGUAUACAUUUGCUAAAAAUAUAAUAUUUAUUUGGAAUUAAUUCUUAAAUUAAAAAAUAUAUAGUACAAUUUUAAAUCAAAUACAAAAAAAGAUCAACAUGAUUAGAAAAGUAAUACAUUGAAUUUUUCAUAUUUGGGGUUUGGGACUCACCUAUUUGCUGAUUUUUUUUUUUUUUUUAGGAAUAUAUUAAAAAUAUUUUUAGAUAUUUAAUUCUAUAUACUGUAUAUUUCACAUUUAUUUUUGUCAUUAUUUCCCAUUUUCACAUGCAUCAUUCAUAUUUUUCUAUUUAUUAGAAUUUGUAUGCUUUGAAUUUAGGCAAACAAGCAAAAACACUCCUUAUCCAUCAUCUCUCUUUUUAUAUUAUUUUUAACUGCUUCGAAUGAAUUGUUUUUGACUGGAAUUCCUGUCUGACUCAUCCAAGUUCACCUUCAAAACACUUCCAUCAAUUUCUCCCAACUCUUUGUACAGUUUGUGAUGGGGAUUUGAAAGUUGUACAAUGCACAAAAUUGAACUCAGUCAUCUUUAAUGCUGAGUCAAGAAAAAAUCGUGAAUGUCGAGCUUGGGCGUCAACGUUUUAGCUGUCGAUGGAUGAUUUUGACAUCGUUAAUUGUGACAUUAUUAAUCUAAGUGCUGCUGGUUCCAUCUAACAGCAAUAAAAGACCUCCAUGACACAUCUGAAAAAGAUGAAAAACAUCUUCACUUUUGCUUAAUCAGAACCAGUCCCGACUUCAAAAUCAAGCAGGAACUGAAUUUUUCAUGAAGUCCUCCAAGGCUCAAAUUAGAUUUAUGAAAAAAAACACCCAACAUACCGACAAAUAGUUAUUAUUUUAUAUUAGAGUACUAUAUAUGAAGUGCUGCCAGAGAGUUGUCAAAAAUUCAGCCCCUGAAGCCAUUUCAUUAAGCGCCAUGAAAUUUGGUGGGGAUGUCUAUCAGAAGUAGACGGACCAAAAAGUCUCAAGAAGCCAAGCUGUAAAAAACGCAAGAAGUCAGCCGUUUUAGAAAUUUCUAAUAUAGCACCACUGUUAACUCCAUAAAUUCCAAACAAGGUAAACCUCUAAUCCACGGGUGUCCAAAUCAGUCCUCAAGGGCCGCUGUGGGUCCUGGAUUUUGUUCCUACCAUCUGAGCACAGACAGUUUAACCAAUGAUGUUUCUGCUAAAGCAAGCAGCAUCUGACUGCAAUCAACUGAUUACACUUUUAAGACACCAGAUUGGUGAAAUGGUGUAAUUUUAUCUUGUUGGAAAGAAAUCCAGCACCCACUGCAGCCCAAUGUGGAAUAGUUUGGACACCACUGGUCUAAUCCAUUUGAACUAGGAGAGUUGGGAGUAAAAUAUGCUGUAUUCCUAUUAUCUAUGGCAGUAAAUAAGUUAACCCUAUUUUUGGUUCUUUAAAAAAUACAUGGUAUGAAAACAUCUGAACCUUUUGGAAUUUCUUAUAUUUCUGCAUCAAAUGUGAUCAAAUGUGAUCUGAUCUUUGUCAAAAUCACACAGUUGUAAAAACAGUGCCUGCUUUAACUAAAACCACCCAAACAUGUAUAGGUUUUCAUAUUUUAAUGAGGAUAGCAUGCAGAAAAUGACAGAAGGGGGAAGAAUAGUAAAGUAAGUGAAACCUCUGCCUAAGGAGACUUAAAAGCAAUUGAAACCAAUUUUUACCAAACAAUUUAAGUCAGGUGUGUGCCCAAUCACUGACGAGUGGUUUAAAGCUGCCCUGCCCAUUAUAAAACACACGCCUGGUAAGAAUAGUCUUGAUGAGAAGCAUUUCCUGAUGUGCAUCAUGGCUUGGUCAAAAGAGCUGUCUGAAAAACUGCGAUUUAGGGCCCAAAUACACCAGAUGCAUGAUCGUUGCGGUUCCGGUCCGACUCCGGUAAAAAAUAGCGCCGGAGCCAAUCCGUUCCCAUUAUAUCCUAUUGUUCAACGUAUACCGGCCGCGUCAGUGCUCCGGAUUGCCUGCGGACUAUCUGCCGCAGCCCCCCGGAUGGUAUAGGCUAUUUUCUAUUUUUGCCGGACACGCAUCAGACAAAAUGGGCGGAGCUGGGCCUGGACGUAACAGCCCAGUUGCUUAUUCACAGUUUAAACACCAGCAAACAUGGACGAAGAACGUUUCAUCAUGGAGGUGGAAAGUCACAAAGUGAUAUACGAUGCAGCAGAUCGUUAUUAUCUGGACAGCAUUAAAAGGGAAGCUGCAAGGUGUCAUAUUAUGUGUGUUUUUCUGGCAAUGAUAUCAAAUACACGACGUGCUGACAACUUUGAGCGGAAAAAAAAAAAAAGCAGCGUAUCUGAAAGUGGCUCCACUGCAGAAAUUCUCAUGCCCGCCGCACACACAAUGUUGGUUUGUAUACAGGGUCGAGGGGGAAAAGUACGAAAGAGAAUAAAGAGACACACACAAGUUUCGACCUGGUGGUCUAUUCAAGACGUUUCUCUUUCUUUCCUACAUUUUACUCGACUUUUCAUAGAAAAACCAACAGUUUGCGCUGGGCACAGGAAUCUGCAGUGUUGAGACACCAAUUCUAAGUACGCCAUUUUUUCAAUGUAGUAUAUAAUUCGCUAUCCAUUUUAUAAAUAUUACAGAUGAUUCAACAGUUGUUCAUAACAGCUCUAUGAGAUGUUAUGUGCCAUAAAUUUUAAAUGUGCACAAAGAUAUAAACCCACCGACACAACCAAGGGCAUAAUAGGGCCCCGCCCCCCUACCCCCCCACACAUGGAGCUCUGAUCUCAACAUUAUGCAGUCAAUCUGGAAGUAAGAGACAUAACUAAAAUAUCAAUAUGCAAAGAAAAAAUGUGCUCUUUCUCUGCUUCUCUGAUGAGUAUAGACCAGGGGUGUCCAAACUUCUUGCAAAGGGGGCCAGAUUUGGUGCGGUAAAAAUGUGGGGGGCCGACCUUGGCUGACGUCCUUUAUGUAGAACAAUAUAUUUAAGCAAAUUUUAGCAAGCCAUUCAGUGUGUCACAUUUGCUAUUUUUUUUUAAAUUGAAUAAUUUCAACUAUCUUACAACAAGCCUUUGUGGCGUUCUCUUUCGACUCUCGGGCUCUUGCGAAAUACUGCCGCUGUGAAAUUAAGCUAGCGUCAAGUUGCUUCAAUUUCUCGCUGCGAAUCUUCCCUGUAAUCUUGCCGUACAUGUCAGCGUGUCUUGUUUGGUAAUAUCGGCUAACAUUGAAAUCUUUAAAAACAGCGACUGUCUCUUUGCAAAUGAGGCAGACACAGUUGUUGCAUAUUUUAAUGAAGAAAUAGUCCAAUUUCCACCUAUCCUUGAAGCGUCGGCCGUCACAGUCAACUUUCUUUUUUUUUUGUUGAUUGUCGCCAUUUUAGAAAAUGGAAGUAAUGGGUCACACGGGGUAAUGUUGCUUAGCCCUUCAGUACCUGCAACAUGAAGCAAUUAUCAGAGAAUCCCAAAUUUUGAAAAAUAAGGUCCUAAUGAAACCAUUUUUUCAAAUUUGUAAAAAGAAAAGUCAAAAUGAAUGUGUAAUAAGCGCUCUAAUGUCUGUAACUCAUGCUAAAUUAUGUUUUUUUUUUUCUCAUAGAACCUGCGAAUGCAUGUGUUGACUUGUAUCCAUCGUUUUUUUUUGGUUUGUUUUUUUUUUCCCAAAAAAGAAAUGUCAAAAUUCUAAAUUAGUCUCAAAAUCAUGAAAUUUUAGGUGUAUCAAAUGUGAUACAGUUGGCAAUAAAGGGUUAAAGUGCUGCUGCCUUUUAGUGGGUAAAUGAGGAGCAGCAUUUCGUGUGUAGGCUAAUUCAUAUUCUGGUUGCAGUAUUGCUGACCAAUUUAUUAAGUCUGUGGGCGGGCCAGACGUUAUUGAUUUUAUGACAGAGGUUGGGGGCCGGAUGAAAUUUGACCACGGGCCGCAUUUGGCCCCCGGGCCGGACUUUGGACAUGUCUGGUAUAGACUCUGUGUGUUUUUCGUUGUUUUGAAUGGCGCAUUAUAGCGCACGCUCACACGAGCGCUCACGAGGAAACGAAGUUGGCGGACCGCAGCCGUGUGCAGCCGGUAUGAUUUGCCUGUUUUUGACGUACUGCGUGGCACGCACUCAACACUGAGCUGGACCGGAACCGGAACGAUCAUGCAUCUGGUGUAUUUGGGCCCUAACGAUUGUUGAUUUGUAUAAAGCUUGCAAAGGAUACAAAACCAUUUCUUUAAGUCUGGAUGCUCAUCAAUCGACAGUCAGAGAAGUUGUCUACAAAUGAAGAGUUUGGCACUGUUGCUUCUCUCCCAAGGAGUGGCCAUACACCAAAGAUGAUGCCAAAAGUUCAGUGCAGAAUACUCAGAGAGGUAAAAAAAAAAAAGAACCCUAGAGUGUCUGCUAAAGACUUACAUACAUUACAUGCACAGUCCAAUAUCUCGGUGCACACAUCAACUGUAUUUAAAACAAUGGCCAAGAAUGGUGUUCAUGGAAGGACUCCACGUAGGAAGCCACUGCUCUCUUAAAAAAACAUUGUUGCUUGUUUAAUGUUUACAAAAAGGCACUUGGACACUCCACAGAAGUUUUGGGAAAAUAUUUUGUGGACUGAUGAAACCAAAGUUGAAUUGUUUGGGAGUAACAAACAACGUCAUGUGUGGAGGAAAAAUGGAACAGCUCACUAACAUCAACACCUCAUCCCCACCGUGAAGCAUGGUGAAGGGAGCAUCAUGAUUUAGGGCUGUUUUGCUGCCUCAGGGCCUGGACGAUCAUAAAUGAAACAAUGAAUUCAAAAGUUUAUUAGGAUGUUUUGCAGGAAAACCUGAGGCCGUCUGUCAGACAGUUAAAGCUAAAAAGAGAAUGGACGCUGCAACAAGACAAUGAUCCAAAACACAGAAGUAAAUCAACUUCAGAAUGGUUUCAGAAGAACAAAAUACACGUUCUGGAGUGGCCAAGUCAAAGUCCAGACUUAGGCCCUAUUGAGAUGCUCUGGCAUGACCUAAAGACAACGAUUCAUGACGGACACGUGGAGGAAGUCCUGAGCAAAACGUACGGCAAGAUGUCUUGCUGUACUAGCUGUGCUAAGAAGGGGGAGGGGGGUAUCUGCAAAUAAACUCUGACUCUUAGAUUUCUGGUUUUCAUGCUAUGGACGCCGGGAAGUUUUGACAUGAGUUCUGGGACACCCUGUACAAUUAUAAAUUAAUAAAAUGUUAAUUAAAAACAGGUUAAAAUGAACUACCAAAGUCUCCGUCUCGUAGCAAAUCUACAGGCAACCAGUAUGCAAAAUCCUUCAUUCAUCUUCUAAACCGCUUAUCCUCACGAGGGCUGCGAGGGUGCUGGGUCCUAUCCCAGCUAGGAGUGGGAACCUCUUGGUACUUCACGAUAUGAUUUGCGAUACAAAGCUCACGAUAACGAUGAUCUGCCGAUAUGGCGAUACAACGAUUAUCGAUACUUUGGUCAGGAAAUCAUUCUAGGAUAUUCUACAAACAACUAAUAAACAGAAAACAAACUUCUGCUGUGAAUUGGAAUGAGUUCAUCACUAGUAGACGUCCAAUCCAUUUGAACUGGGAGGGUGGCAGCGAAUGAACGAAUGUUCAUUCGCUGCCAUCCCUCCCACUUCAAACGGAUUUAACGUCUAUGGUGGUCGGUGGCAGCCAAUGGCAGGCAAUGUGGUAAUUUUGGGCCAUUUAAGGUCAUUUACCUGUUGAUUUUCAGUUACUUCCUGUUGAAUUUUGGGUGUUUUAGGGGUCUCUACCUGUUUAUUUUGAGUUACAGAACAGGAAAUGACCUGGGAAUCACCCUAAUGAAUAGGCAGUGACUUAAACUCAACAGGAAAUUACCUGUAAAUGCCCUAAAAUGAACAGCAAGGACCUGUAAAUGCCCUGAAAAUUGGACAGAAUGACUGUGAAUGCUCUGGUUUCGAAUGAACAAACGUUGCCAGUCUAAAUGUAUUGGGCGUCGAGCACGGUCAAUGCAGCCUUAGACUUAACUGAGACAUAGGUCUGGGCAUCGUUUGAAAAUGAACGAUUCCGAUUCCACAUUUUGAUUCCGGUUCCGAACGAUUCCCGAUUCCGGUUCUUUUAAGAGGCAGGGUCCCAAAAAUUGCAUAGUUUAUAUUAAAGUCUUAACUUCUCGACAUUUUUUUAAAGUAAAUGAACUUCUCACAAGGCUAAUUAUAACUUUUAAAUAAAUAUCAGUCUUUAAACUCGAGCAAUUUUUUUCCACUCGGUAGUCAGGGCAUCGAAACAAGGAAUCGAAAUUUAAAAAUUCGAACGAUUCCGGGAGCAUCGGAAUGUUAGAAACUGUUGUCAUCGAUGUUCAAUGCCCUACCGAGACACUAUUAUGGUGGAAGAUUUUGGUAGCAACUUUUUGGUUCAUUUUUAUUUUAUUUUUGUAGACAUUGACACCUUUUUUUUAAACAAAAUCUCGAUUCUUGGCAGGAGCACAUCGAUAACCUUUUGAGAUACAAAGUAUCAUGAUAUAUCACCAUUUCGAUAUUUUGUCACACCCCUAGUCCCAGCUAACAACGGGGAGGAGUUAGGGUACAUCCUGAACUCGUUGCCAUUCACACACACACUCACACUAGGGCUGGGCGAUAUGCCCUUAAGUACGUAUCACGAUAAAUUGAGCAGAUUUACCUCAAUAACGAUAAAUGACGAUAAAUUCGCCCAAGCGGACUGUUAUAUAAUUUGAAAAUUUGAAUCAAUGCAUGGAAUACAAAUUAACCGUUUCUCGUUAAAUUUAUUUACCAGCUUUCAAUUUAACAAUUGCACAAGCAGUCUAAACAUUAAGUAUUAAAAAAAAUCUUGUAAACAAUAAGAAUUCUAGUGUGAACAUUUAUAACAGCUUGUAUGACUUGAAAAAUGUACAACAUUAUAAAAAUCAAUAUGACGACUGUGCAAACAUGUCAUUCUAACACAGAUGACUUGCAGCUUUAACAGUACACUUCAGACAACUUAUUGGUAAUGGCUGCUUUGACAUAAUUAUUCAACACAAGUGUUUACGUCAAGGUUUCAGGUUUAUUUUUUUUCCCGAAAUUUUUUAAUACAUGCACCCCCCCACACAGACACAACCAGAUUAAAGCUGUAUUGCUCUGAUGCCAAUGAAAUAUUUAAGGUUUUAUGAUGGCAGAAUAAAGCAAACACAUACAGAAAAAUAGCUGUGGUCAUUAAACUGUCAUAUUAUAUGUAGGCUUCACUGUUGGAUUAUACUUUAUGCUGAGUGCUUUACAACCAUGAACGCUUUCAGAGAAAUCACACAGAGAUGCCAAAUAACGCGACAUAAUGAUUGCUACAUGAAGUCCGUGCCCAGUCCACUCAUUAAUUUCAGCCGUUUCGACAAGGUUAGAGCCGCUAUCCGACUCUUUCAUGUUCAUUUGUAGCCGCUGUUAGCCGCUAGCGUUAGCCUGUGGCUUGGCUAGCAGAAGAAAGCACUGAAACCAACCUCUCCUGAAAUCGCGAGAACCAAUGAGGACAGCGGGUGAAAGCCCGUCUGGAACCCGGCAAGAGUUUACUUAAUGGCGGGUGAAAGUUUGGCGAAGCUAACUUAAGCCCGACUCCAUUCAGUUUACUUGUAGCGUUAGCCGCUGGCGUUAGCCUACCGGGCUUCUGUUUGUUCGGCUUCCUGAAAACCACGUGACUCCAUACGUAAGCACACUGUCUGCUUUCUUAAAGGGGAAUGAACAUAGCAGAACACAGAGUCAAAGCGGGAUGAAAAGACUAUAUUUUCUUCUUUUAUUAAAUUACCGAAUUUGCCGACAUGGUCAAACUUACGUCGGUCAUCGUGAAGAAUUUCGGUGACGGUAAAUUUUCAGUUUACCGCCCUGCUCUAACUCACACCUACAGACAAUUCUAAGUGUAAAUUUGCAAAUUUAAUUAAUGUUAAUAAUCUGCAUUGAAUCAAAAAAAAAAAAAAAAAAUUUUGAAAUGGGGCUCCUAGGAUCGUUGGAUAUCAUAUCGAUCGCUGCCAGCCUGUGCGGGUCAAAAUGCAUUGGAUGUAUAGCGCCAUCAAUGACAGUUAUUAAGUUAAAUGUGCACCCCAUCAAAGGUUACUUUUUUUCAAAAACUGAUUUUUGUUCAAUUCCCAAAAAAGUUUUCAAUAUUAUGUCAAUUUUUUAAACACAAUCGGGCCAAAAAUUUGCAUCAUUAGCUUAGCUGCCAACUCCUCUGCACCAACACUCUGUCAGUGACUUUAAAAGUUUGACUUUUAAACUAAUACUUUGCGGCUUUUAUUGGCUUUUGCUGCAUUAGUUUUUUUUUAUUAUGAUAACGACAAAGUUAUGAAGUCGUUUAAUAACUCGUUUGUUUUUACAGGCCAGUCGAUGAGCGAGGAAAGCAACUCGAGGUUUCACUCCAAUCACAAUUAACACUUUGAACCGCCGAGUGGCAACACGACAGCGUCAGCGUUUGUUCAUUAGCACUAAAAAAGCAAACAGAUAACGCUCGAUUGCUUUUAUGAUUUUUUUGUCUUUGCCGAGGUCAGGCCGCCCCAGAAUAAAUGCUAACCAUUUUCCUCGGCUAAUUAGUCCUAAAGGAGAUUGCUGACCUGCUGCUAUCUAGCACGCACGUCCGCGAGAUGAAUUAAAAAAAAAAAAAGGGAAAAUUAAAAAGUGUUGGAAAGGUUAAAAGGGAAAAAAAUGAUAAAGAAUCUUCACUAGAUUAUUUGGGUGGUGGGGUGUGGUGUGGGUGUCUCUCCAAAAGCUCGUUAGCCUUCUGAACCGGAAGCUGGCCAAGCGAGUCAAGCAGCAGCUUGGAAUGGUUAGCGCUGCUCAGCUGUUGAGCUUUGUUGGUGCAUUUAAAGCAUUCAACCUUUAUAAAAUAUUUCCAUAACAUUUGUGAUAAUAUGUCGACUGACAACUAGUUGGAUGACAACUCUUUUAUAUCUUGAGGGGGUUUGUAUCGCUUUCUUUCACCGACACUAACUUUGAGGAGGGUGGCAGGAACCAAAGUAACCUACAAAUGUGCUGACUGCUUUACGGCAUACGUCACUUUAUAAAGAUGAAAGUCGAUGCGAAUGUUUUCACGCAAAUUCAGUAAAGAUGGCAGAGCAACAAAAGAGACAAAAAGUUUUGGUAACGCUCCGAGCCACAUAGCAUUGCGUUUGCGAUGGCGUCACGACCUUAUUCCCUCCUCCCCAUUCCCACUCAGCUCGCUCCAUGUCUCAGACGUCUCUCGUCAACCAAAUUGUAGUAAACACACGCCUUCACAUCCUCAGUAACGGUUACGGCGUUGCAAAGAUGGGAAAAGUAAUUAAUUAGAUUAUUCACUACUGGCACAAAUAACGCCGUUGGUAACGCUGUUAUAUUCUAACACCUUUAUUAACAACACUGUCGGCAACCCAUUCAUUGUGUAUGUGGGAGGGGACUUCUCAAUGAAAGUGAGCGGCGGCGGCGUUCGUUUUGGACGUAGUAGAAAGUCUUGAGUGAAUUUUCGCUGAGGGGCGGGGCCCAAAAUAAGGACUUCUAUUUUUACAGCGCCGCCACGCUGACAUCAACAAUGCAUUCAAUAGCAGAGGGGCAGGCGUACUUAUAUUUGUGCUAUCAGGCUGUUUCGGCAGUCGGAUAUACGGGAAUCAAGGCCGACGAAAACUUGAUAAAUGCGGGUUUUUUUAAGUUUCACGAGCACUGGGACAGUCAAAAAAUGACUUUCAUACCUCUCCUUGCUAAGCUAAAUGCUACCUUGAUGUGGGUUUGUGAGGAAAUGUAGUUUACGGACAACAACAAAAAAAUCACUAUAAACCGAAACUAGUAAAACUUUUUACCCAGCUAAUACAAUGCCCCCUACUCCUUGAAAUGGAAAAAGUCACUGUUUUCUUGAGCAACAAUGGAAAAAUAAACGCAUUGGUGCAUGACUAUAGUAAAUAUGCUUGCUGCUUUUCUAGGGUGACCUUAUUUUGAUUUCCAAAAAAGAGCACACUCAGCCCGGCCUCAAGAUACUUGAAUUUUACUCAAAGUUCACUCAAAGAUGUCUUUAUCACUUUAAUAUAUUUCAUGUGUGCCCCCUCACUCUGGAUGGGAAAAUGCGGUUUGAAAAUUUAAAAAAAAAUAAUAAUAAUGACUAAAAUACAAUAUACAUACACACCAGUGACGUGCGGUGAGGUUCAUGGUUGGUGAGGCACUGACUCCUUUAGUGUCAGAUUUCCAAAUAUAUAAACCAAAAAGGGUAGCUUAUUCAAUUGGCUACUGGUUAUUUCAUAUCUCAUCAGCAUUCUUCACAAAACACGCACACACGGUACAUAUUAUCGAUACGUAAAAGUAAGAAAAUAACAUGCAUUUGCUCUACACCAGGCAUGUCCAAA